UCGCAAACAUGUAUACCGGAAGCUGUUUCUGCAAAAAGAUUACCGUCGAGCUGAGUGCCGAGCCACAAGUCGUCGCUCUGUGCCACUGCACUGACUGUCGCAAAAUGUCCGGCUCGGUGUAUAGCUACAACUUCAUCGUUGGUGCCGAUGACUACAAGAUCUCCGGCACACCCGAAGCAACAGACAAAAUCGCAGAUUCGGGAAACAAAGUCAAGAACUACUACUGCAAAGACUGUGUAGCGGAAAGUGGUAUUAUUGAGAGAGUGGUCAUCAAUGCAGGUAUCUUUGAUGAUGUAAGGGAAAUACAAAACCGCAAGCCUUCGGUGGAGAUCUACGUUGAACAGAGGUUGGAUUGGGUGAAGCCUGUUGAAGACUGUGCGCAGUUGGAAGGUAUGCCUUCU